CGUGUUUUGUCUGGGCGUGUUCUCCUCCCCGUCCCAGCUCCGGCGUUAGGCUUUGCCGGCUUUCAGGGUCUCCCGGUAGGGCGGUCACGUGGAUUAGACGGAAUCCCGGGAACGCCCCUAGCAACCGGGUGUUUGGAGGACUUGUGGAGCGCGCUCCUAGAGGACCAAGAAGACAGGCGCUAGUGUGGAAGCGCCUUACCGGAACCGUUUCCUAGGUGGGGCUCCAGACAGACGUCCUGCCGGGAGCCCGGCCGAAGUCGCGCAGCAGAUGAGCUGAACUCGUGCGCUGUUGAUUCUUCCCAGCAGCAUGGCUGAGCUGCUCUUCUGUGAGCCGACGGAACUCUAUAACAUCUUGAAUCAGGUCUCAAAGCUGUCCAGAUUAGCUGAGCCCAACUACCUCUGCUUACUGGAUGUUCGAACCAAAAGGCAGUAUGAUGAGAGCCAUGUGAUCACCGCCCUUAGAGUGAAGAAGAGAGAGAACCAGUACCUCAUCCCGGAGUCGGUGGAUCUGGAGUGCGUGAGAUACUGCAUCGUGUACGACAGCAACACCAGCUCCCUGGAACUGCGUUUACGGAGGCAGCCUCGGCAGCUGGAGGAGGAGGAGGGGGAGGAGGAGGAGGAAGAAGGAGAGGACGAUGAUGAGGACGAGAACACUGAACUCUUACCUGGACCCGCCGUGGAAUUUGGACAGAUCCUCACCCACCUUACCCGCCAACCUGUCUAUGUCCUCAGAGGGGGCUAUGAGUGUUUCUCUGGCCUGUACCAUUUCUUCCGGACCCAGAAGAUCAUCUGGAUGCCCCAGGAACUGGACGCCUUCCAGCCAUACCCAGUUGAGAUCAUUCCGGGCAAGCUCUACCUGGGCAAAUUGAGUCAAGCCUGCAAUGCUAAGAUUCACAAAGAUCUGAAAAUUAAAGCGCAUGUCAAUGUUUCCUUAGAGACAACACCCUACUUUGUAGGUGAUGCAGACAGACUCCUGCACAUCAAGAUCGAGGAUACUUCAUAUUCCAACCUUUCCUCCUUUCUCCGCCACAUCUGUCACUUCAUGGAACUUCACCUCCGGCUCCGCUCGGUCAUCCUGGUCUUUUCCACGCGGGGCAUUAGCCGUAGCAGUGCCGCGGUGAUAGCCUUCCUCAUGCAUUACAAUGAGGAGACCUUGAAGAGGUCCUGGGCCCACGUGAAGAAAUGCAAAAACAACAUGCGUCCGAAUCGGGGCUUGGUGACUCAGCUGCUGGAAUGGGAGAAAACUAUCCAUGGGGAAUACAUCACAGACAUCUCCGACCCUAUCUACUGACCUUCACCUGCGGCCCACCUGGGCGAGGAGGAACCUUGUUUGAGACUUUUUGGGGGUUGGGGGGUCAGGUACACAUUUGGAGUGGUCCAGAAGAAGACCUUUGCAAUCUGAAGUUUCAUGUCUGUGUCUUAGGGCUGGUUCUCCCCCC